CCGCGGCUCCCGGCCGGCCUGGGGAAUCAGCUAAGCGGCCGCAGCUGGACGAAUCCCGGCUGAGAGCAGCGUGUCUCUCGGAGCUGGCGGGCGCCCAGAGCCCGGCGCGCGGGGGAAGCCGAGGCCGCGGCGUUGGCGCCCUGCGCAGUCUCCUGUCGCGCCACUGGGGCUGACGUCGUUCCCCCGGCUGAAGAGAAGAUUUGAAACAAAUCUGUAUUCAUGAAGAGUGACUGCAUACGAACCACAAUAUGUCAAGAAAGAAAAAAAGAUCCAAUAGAAAUGCUUCAUUCUGGGCAGCUGGUAAAAGUCUGUGCCCCAAUGGUUCGAUAUUCAAAGUUGGCUUUUAGAACAUUAGUAAGAAAAUACAGUUGUGAUCUGUGCUAUACACCAAUGAUAGUUGCUGCUGAUUUUGUCAGAUCUAUAAAAGCCCGAGACAGUGAAUUUACGACAAACCAAGGUGAUUGCCCAUUGAUUGUUCAAUUUGCUGCUAAUGAUGCAAGACUUUUAUCUGAUGCUGCUCGUAUUGUCUGUCCUUAUGCGAAUGGAAUAGACAUUAACUGUGGUUGCCCUCAGAGGUGGGCAAUGGCAGAAGGUUAUGGAGCUUGCUUAAUAAACCAGCCAGAGCUUGUUCGAGAUAUGGUGAAACAAGUAAGAAAUCAAGUGGAAAAUCCCACAUUUUCAGUAUCUAUUAAAAUAAGGAUCCAUGAUGACCUUACAAGAACUGUAGAUCUUUGUCGAAAGGCUGAGGCAACAGGAGUUUCUUGGAUUACAGUCCAUGGAAGAACUGCUGAAGAAAGACAUCAGCCCGUUCACUAUGAGGCCAUUAAAAUAAUUAAGGAAAACAUGUCUAUACCUGUAAUUGCGAACGGAGACAUCAGAAACUUAAAAGAAGCAAAAAAUGUGUGGCAUAUUACUGGGACAGAUGGAAAAAAGAAAAAAAUGACACUCCAGUGGGUGGCAGUUGCAACCUUUCUUUAUGCUGAAAUAGGACUUAUUUUAAUCUUCUGUCUGCCUUUUAUUCCUCCUCAGAGAUGGCAGAAGAUUUUUUCAUUUACUGUCUGGGGUAAAAUUGCAACUUUCUGGAACAAGGCUUUCCUUACUAUAAUAGUCCUAUUGAUUGUUCUAUUUUUAGAUGCUGUGAGAGAAGUAAGGAAGUAUUCCUCUACACCUGCCAUUGAAAAAGGCUUAACCAGCAGACCUGGAGCCUAUGAACAUGCACAGAUGAAACUUUUUAGGUCUCAAAGAAAUCUUUACAUUUCUGGAUUUUCAUUAUUUUUUUGGCUAGUGUUGAGACGUCUGGUUAUCCUUAUUACGCAGCUGGCUAAAGAACUGUCAAACAAAGGAGUACUUAAAACUCAAGCAGAAAAUACUAAUGAGGCUGCCAAAAAAUUCAUGGAAGAGAAUGAAAGACUAAAACGGCUCUUGAAAAGCUAUGCCAAGGAAGAGGAACACAUUUUGGAAGCAGAAAAUAAAAAAUUAGUAGAAGACCAGGAAAAACUGAAAACUGAAUUAAAGAAGACUUCAGAUGCCCUCUCUAAGGCACAGAAUGAUGUGAUGACAAUGAGAAUGCAAUCAGAGCAUCUUUCAAAAGAAUAUGACCGACUCCUGAAAGAACACGCAGAACUUCAGGUCCUGAAAUUGCUGACUUCACCAUGGCCUGAUGAGAAUUACUCCAGAGCAUGCUUCAAGAUCCGCCAUGGAAAAAUUGUUCAGGGAAAGACAGUAAGAAGGGCCUGUGAACUUUGAAAGAAGACUGUGUGACGCCAUGUGAAGAUCAGUUUGUUAUCAUGUUAGCCUCUAGAACAUUUAAAAUUCAGUUCGGAAAAAGGUACUAUUUACAACCAGCCAAUAAUAUUUUUAAUGACACAUAUAGGCUGUUAUCAUAACAGCAUGGUAACAAUAUUUGAUGAUGUUUCAGAUCUAUUAUAAAGUCUGUAUUCCAGCUUUCAUGUAAAAUGUAAGCAUGAUAAGCACGCUAUUGAGAUAUCUCAAUUGAGAGUAACACUGGUGUAUGGUUGCUGUUUACCAAUAAAAGGACAAAUUUAUAACCAGUUACUUCCAAAACUAGAUUUUUAAGUUGAUGAAACCAUUAAUAGCCUUAAAAGCUUUGAUGAGUUUUCAGUAAUGAUAAUAACCUAUUUAAUGAGAUGAUGAUAAUGCUGAUAUAUUUGAAAAUAGUAUUCAGUAUCAGCAAAUUUGUUCAUAGGGAGAUUAAAUAAGGUUAAAUGAUCAGAAUUAACCACUGUAUGUAUAGGGAAGGGUCAUAAUGAGCAAAAAAUAAAAACAAUGACCUUAGUUGUUUUUCAUAAGCCUGAUGAUACUAGUUUACUCUUAUAAGACAGCUAUAUUGAUAAUUAUAUUUUUGUUACUGUGCUUCUAUAUCUGUUGGACUGUUUUUGUUGACAUUUGUGUUAAUAAUACAUAAUUAGUAGGUGUUACACCUUUUUGAGGUUCCUCUGGUAUUGAAGUUUACAUCUAUUUGCAUAACUGCCAUACACUGAACUUAAAAUUAUUUUACAAUGUGGAAUUCUUGACUUAGAAAGCUAAUGUACAACAUAUGCAAAGAGCAAUGUUUCCCAUCGCCAUGAGAGUUACUAAUUAUACAAAUAUUACCUCAAAUAUACAUACAAUGGGGUCACAGUUUCUCUGAGGUGUAUCUGUAUUCUGAAAACUAAAUCUUAAAUGCUGUUUUUUCAUUCAUAUUCCUUUAGAAUCUCCUCUAGAACAUGAUAGUGAUUGUAAUAGUAUUAAUAUGAUUUAGGUUGUUCCAGUGUUUAGACAUGAAAGUCAUCUUCCUUGUCUCAUAAAGACCUAAAUAUAAACAAAAAUGGAAAAUAAUGACCAGAGUUUUUACUUUCCCAGUAUC